AUGGCGCGGAUAGAGCUUUUCUGGAUUUUUCUGGAUGACUUCUACUCUGUGGAGGCUUUGAAGAAGUUGAACCUGGAAGGAUUUGAUUGGAGCUCCCGCCAUGCGGGGGGACAGACUAUAUUGGUCCGUCAUGUUCGCAACACACUCGGGCAACCUGCAGAGAAAUUUGUGGAUGGACUUGAAACUCUUGACUGGCUGAUCCGUUCUGGCGCGAGCAUUGAGCAAACAUGUACUCGCGGGGAAUUCUCCUUCGGAUGGACAGAUUUGCCGGACGUGCCACCUGUCAGUCUGCAGGUGGAAGGUCUCAAUGCCAUUUCAUUUGCCCGGGCAUUGCAGAAGAAGAUGCGGGAAACGCUCGAACACUGGAAAGAUGAAGAAGCCUUCUUGGCCAAGGUUCUGGAGUCUCUUGCGGAAGCUUUCACCCAGUCCGGCCCAAAUGCUGCUGGACCAAGAGUGUCAAUCCACGAGGGCAUUGCAGAGUUGUGGGAAAAGUCUCUGGCAGCAAAGGAUUCCCAUGACUUGACCAUAGAAACUGCUGAUGGCGUGGUGACUGCACACGCUCACAUGCUGAAAGCAGCAUCCUUAGUGGUCAGAGCGAUGUUGGAAUCGCCCAUGAAGGAAGGGAAAACCCAACGCAUUGAGAUCAAGGACAUGUCCAGCAAGGCUGUGUCACUCUUCUUGGAGAUACUCGACGAGCCAGACUGCGAGACUGCGCUGCAUGCUCUGGAUUUGGCGCAUCGCUGGCAAGUGGAAGUGGUGGUCGCGAUCUUGACCGAUUUGCUGACAGGUAUGAUCACGGAUGCUAGCUUUGAAACCAUCGCGGAACAUGCCCCUCUCAAGGCGAAUAUCGCGAAGCAUACGGGCCGAUCUCAGAGCCGGCCGCCUCCCUGCCGUGGCACAGCUCUUCCACGGUGGAUCGCCAUCGAAGCCGAACGAGCCGAAAUCCAAGCGCCGUCGCAUGUGAGCGACGCUGCGGUGGUGAUGAAGGAUGCUGAAGGUUGCUCAAAACAAGCUGUCGAGACUGCAAGUUUGGUCUUGGCCUUGAUCACAGGCUUUCUGCAGAUGGCGCAGAUGGCGCAGACGGCGCAGGCAGAACUGUUUUGGAUCUUUCUGGACGAUUUCUAUCCUCUGGAGGCUUUAAAAGAGUUGAAUUUGACCGGAUUCGACUGGAGCUCCCGCCAUGAGAAUGGACAGACAGUAUUGGCCCGUCAUAUUUGCAACACACUGAUGCAGCACCCAAGCAAAUAUGAAGAUAUUGAAAAUUGUCUUAAAACCAUGGAAUGGCUGAUCCAUUCUGGAGCGAAUAUCGAGCAGAAAUGCUUUGGUGCGGAAUCACGCUUUAGCUGGCUUUGGUGGAAACCGCCUCCUUUUUGCGUGCAGUACGGAGGUCUCAGUGCAAUUUCAUAUGCACGAGCAUUGCAGAAGAAGAUGCGCAAGAAACUGUGGGUAGACGAAGUUGAAGAAAAUAUGUCCGAUGAAGAGUUCUUUUUAACCAGGGUUCUGGAGCUCUUUGCUGCAGUUUCUGCAGAUUCCAGCCCAAGCGUCGCUGGACCAAGAGUGUCAAUCCACGAGGGCAUUGCAGAGUUGUGGGAAACGUCUCUGGCAGCAAAGGAUUCCCAUGACUUGACCAUAGAAACCGGUGAUGGCGUGGUGACUGCACAUGUUCAUAUGCUAAAAGCAUCGUCAUCCGUGGUCACAGCGAUGCUGGAAUCGCCCAUGAAGGAAGGGAAAACUGCACGCAUUGAGAUCCAGGACACGUCUGGGAAAGCUGUGUCACUCUUCUUGGAGAUCUUGUACACUUGCUCAGCGCAAGACGAGCCAGACUACGAAACUGCCUUGGGUGCUUUGGAUUUGGCCCAUCGCUGGCAAGUGGAGGCAGUUGUAGCGAUCUUGACCGACUUGCUGGCAGGCAUGAUUACGGAUGCGAGCUUUGCAGCCAUCGCGGAACAUGCCCUUCUCAAGGGCCUUGAAAGAUUGAAGACUGCUGCCCAACGCUUUGAGGCCGAAUCGACGAGGGUGCAGGCCGAUCUCAGAGCCGGCCGCCUCCUUGCCGUGGCGCAGCUCUUCCACGGCAGAUCAAAUCCAUCGAAGCCCAACAAGCCGAAGCCCAAGCGCCACUGGAUGUGAGUUUGUUGUGUUAACGAGUGCCCGGCCAAACCUGGACAUUGUUCCUUCACCCUGAAAGCCCCUUCAAGAAACACAAUGGCAGGCGCUUACUUGGAGAGUAGUAGGUGCCUAUUUGAUGUGGGUAUGGCGGAGCAAUGUGUCUUGAUAUAUCUCUUCUGUGUGACAUUCGAAGCGCCUCUUCUU